AUGGAUUCAUUAGAGUUUUCACCAUUUAGUCCUUCAUCGUGUCUUUCUCUGGGAGGAGAGGUAAUACAAACGUCAACAACAAACACUGCAACAAGUAGUAACAGUCAUGAUUCACCAUCAAAACUAUCAAUCGAAGAAGAAAAAGAAAUUGAUGUGGAUAAUAGUGAUAAGGGAGGAAAACAUCCGAUUGCAUGUGCUCGUUGUAGAAAACUGCACAAAAAGUGUGACAAAAAGUUGACUGGUUGUUCGAAAUGUGCAAAUGCAGGAGUUGAUUGUGUGUAUAAAACUCCUCAAAAGAGAGGAAAAGGAGCUGAGCUUUAUGCUCAAAAUCCAUCAAAAAAGAAAAAGAAAUCAUCAGAAUCAAUCUCUUUACCUUCAACAGAAAUUCAAUUGGAAAAGAAGGGUGUCUUGACAGGAAUUACAAUGACUGAUGUGUAUUUUACCUUUGUUUGUGGAAUUCAUCCAAUGAUUGAAAAGGAAAAAUUGAAAUAUUUUGUAAAUAAUUGUCUUUAUCAAUUUGAAAACAAAUCAACAGGAGAGGAAUUAAUACUGGAAGAUAAUAUUUGGAUCAAAUCAAUUGGAGAAAUGAAAUGUUUAUAUGCUUUAUAUUUAGCAUUGAUGAGCGUAUCAUCUCAAAUUGUUGCAGAUUUGGAAACAGUUGACAAAUGCUUGAGGAAGGCAGAGAUAGAGGUUGCUCUCCUUUCAAUAGAUUAUUCCACAGAGUUUUACUGGGCUGUUGCUUGUCAUUAUAUUAAUGUUGCUUACAUUGGAGAUGGGGAUCAGUACAAAUCGAGGUAUUACCUUUCCAAAGUGAAUUUUUAUCUUGAGAAUCAUUCAGAAAAUUCGAAUCCAUUUUACAGAGUUCUCUACACACACAGUGGAGUUAUUUCUUCGAGAUUUAGGAAUGAAACAUUCUCUUUACAGACACUGCUGAAUGGAACAAAGAAUAUGUUUGAAUAUUUCACGAAUCGUAAAGUGGAAGAUGUGUUUCUUCCAGGAACGUGGGAAUACAUGAUGAAUACGAAAAUAUCUCAACAAAAUUAUUUACUAUUCAAACAGGUUUCUGAUUACAUUUUCAAAGUGAUUGGAGAACACAAAUUUCAAGCUCAACGAAGUUUGACAGAUUGUCACAGCACUGAAUAUUUCAAAAUUCAGAGAUUAUUCACAUGCAUGUUAACAGAGGGUUUUUCAUUCAUGUUCAUGAAACAAAUUCCUGAGAUUAGUUUCAAUGUAAUGGAAGAAAUUGCAUUGAAAAUUACUCUAAUGACAGAAAAUGAAAUGUUUCCAUUCCUAGUUCUUGGAACAAUCAAUAUAGUUGUGGAAACAACUGAAUUCCAUCUUGGUAUUUGUAAAAAGAUUGAUCUAGGACUUAAACCAAAGCUGGGAACUGUCAGAACAUCCCCAUCUAAAUCAGUGACUUUUGAUUAUUUCUCAAUUUUAGAAAAAGAUUUGAGAGCUCUCAAAAUAUUGGCAGCUCGAUAUAGAAGAGUUAUGAAACUAUAUCCAAAUUUAAUUAGUGACAUAACCGAACUUAUAGAACGAAACAAAAUGAAAGAUCAAGUUUCAUCUACUUUACUUUCCGUAUCUGAAAUACCUCCAUUCUUUGCUCCACCACAACAAGAUGAAAUUCUGAGAAAGCAAUUGGAACAAGCAUUCAAAAGGCCAGAGGAUGUUGAUUCUUAUUUUGCUGAGCAAUCACUAGGGGAUUGGGAAGAAUUAUUCAAUUUUUAA